AUGGACCUUCAGCUAAAGAAACACAAGCAAGAUCUCCGAGAGAAUAUUGCUCGAGAGCUUGACCGCGAUGUUGCCUCCAUCGACUCUGACGAAGAACGGAAGUGGGUCAACAGAAUCUUCGAAGAUAUUGAUGCGGAGGAAAAGCGCCGACAGGGUCUUUCGCCUGCAGAAAGGCGUCGAGAAGACAUUCAGUCUGCAGCUCAAGUGCUCGAGAAACUUGUAAAAGCGUAUUUUGGACCAUACUCAAGGCGUCUCUAUGCCGCCUUCCAGCUUCAGGAGGCGCCGGAAUCCCGCAGAGGAGCAAAAUUGGCUGAUGGGAAACAAUGGAGCGAAUUCCCCUCAGGUAAAUAUUCUGAUUCAAUACUUUAUCAUUUCUUUAUCUGA